AUGGCGCGUCUCAUGUCCCUGAUCAUGAUUCUUUCCCUCAUUACUCUGUUUCAAGGAGGAUUGCAGCUAAACAUUAGUUCCCCUUUCCUCCUUGCAGCUGCAACCACCAUCACCACUAAAGACAUUGGCAACGGAAAUGCCACAGAUUAUGAAGCAUUGCUGUCCUUCAAAUCAAAGAUUACUCAUGACCCUCAUGGAAGUUUAAGCUCAUGGAAUAGUUCUCUUCAUUUCUGCAACUGGGUAGGUGUUACAUGUGGCCGCCGACACAGAAGGGUCACCAGCAUCAAUCUAAUAUCCAAAGACUUGGUAGGCUCGUUAUCUCCAUACUUGGGAAAUCUUAGCUUCCUCCGGGCAAUAAGACUCUAUAACAACACCCUUCAAGGUGAAAUUUUACCUGAACUCGGUCGCUUGUUCAGGUUAAGAGCUUUGGUGCUCGCUAAUAAUUCGUUGGAAGGCCAAAUUCCUGCCAACUUGUCUCGUUGCACCAACCUUGCUUAUAUAUCCGUUGGCAAUAACAAGCUAAGAGGGAAAAUUCCUACAGAACUUGGUUCCUUGUCAAAGCUCAGAUUUAUACAACUUUAUGAGAAUAAUCUACAAGGAGAGAUACCAGAGUCUAUUGGCAACCUUUCCUCCCUGGAAAUGUUAUCUGCAGGCGUCAAUUUUCUGGAGGGUAAUAUUCCAGAUGCUAUAGGUCGAUUGAAGAGCUUAACUUAUCUUGCAUUUACAGAAAAUAGACUAUCUGGUAUUGUUCCUCAAUCUCUAUAUAAUUUAUCAUCGCUCACUAUUCUUGCCGUGUCCGAAAAUCAACUUCAUGGCAGCCUUCCUUCGAAUUUAGGCCUCUCUUUUCCUCAACUCGAAGAGCUUUCUGUUGCUAAAAAUCUGUUUUCUGGAUCGAUUCCGGUGUCAUUACCUAAUGCUUCUGAACUUCAGUUUCUUUAUAUGUCAUUCAAUAAUUUUGCUGGCAAAAUACCUCAUUCUCUUGGAAGCCUGAAUCGUCUCUUAUUUUUGGGAUUGGAAAGUAACAAUCUAGGAUUUGGAGGAGCUGAUGAAAUAGAUUUUCUUGGUGCUCUAGCCAACUUCAGCAUGUUGGAGAAUUUGGCCCUAAAUAACAACAGAUUAGGGGGGUCAUUGCCACUUGCAGUUGGCAAUUUUUCAACCCAGAUUACUUAUUUUGGUGUUGGAGAAAACCUAAUAUCUGGAAUCAUCCCUGCAGAUAUAGGAAAUCUAGUUAACUUAACUGAGCUAGAACUGGGUGGGAACCAAUUCACGGGUACAAUACCAAAUUCCAUUGGUAAACUUAAAAAGUUACAGGGAUUGUCAAUUUAUUCCAACAGACUCUCAGGAAAUAUUCCAUCCUCCCUAGGAAACCUUUCAUGGCUGAGUGAGCUUUACUUGCAUGAUAACCAAUUGCAAGGAACAAUCCCUUCUAGUCUCCAAUAUUGCAAAAACUUGUUGAAGUUAUAUCUUUUUCAAAAUAAUCUUAGUGGCAGCAUAACACAAGAAGUUUUUAAUCUCUCCUCCCUAUCAAUUUCACUAAAUCUAGCUCAUAACCAAUUUACUGGUUCCUUACCUUCUGUUGUUGGAAACUUAAAAGGUUUAGGCGAAUUGGAUGUCUCCUGGAACGAGUUUUCAGGUGAACUUCCAGCUAGCCUUGGAAGCUGCACCAGCCUUGAGAAAUUAUACAUGGAGCAUAAUUUCUUUCAGGGAUCCCUUCCUUCGUCUUUUAGUUCCUUGAAGGGUGUUCAGUACCUUGAUCUUUCUUGUAACAAUCUAUCAGGUCUAAUUCCAGGUUAUCUGGAGACAGUUCCAUUCUUAUAUCUAAAUUUAUCUUCUAACAAUUUUGAGGGAGAGGUUCCAAAGAAAGGAAUUUUCACAAACAGGAGUGCAGUUUCAGUUGCUGACAAUUAUAGACUUUGUGGAGGCAUACCUGAACUGAAGUUGCCUAUUUGCCCCAACAAAGAAGCAAAGAAACGAAAUUUGUCUUCUUUGCACCUGUUUGCAAUCUUGAUUUCUUGUGUUCUUCUUGGAGUAAUCAUAACGUCAUCUUUCCUGUUCUCUUGGUUCAAGAAAAGGAGAGAACAAAUUUCUGGUACUUCAUUGAAAGAACCAUUUGCUCAGGUCUCUUAUGAAAAGCUCCUUAGAGCAACAGAUGGCUUUUCUGUGUCUAAUUUGAUCGGUGUAGGUAGUUUCGGCGCUGUGUAUAGAGGAAGCCUUGAUGAAGAUGGAAUGCUCACUGCCAUCAAAGUACUUAACCUUCAACGUCGAGGUGCAUCCAGAAGUUUCACAGCUGAAUGUGAAGUGUUGCGAAACAUUCGCCAUCGAAAUCUUGUGAGGAUCAUAACUUCUUGUUCAAGCAUCGAUUUCCAAGGUAAUGAUUUCAAGGCUCUAGUUUAUGAAUACAUGCCUAAUGGGAGUUUAGAGAAAUGGCUACAUCCAGUUCAAGAAGCAUAUGUUCAGAAUAAUCUAAGCCUUCUUAGGAGAAUCAACAUUGCCAUUGAUGUGGCAUAUGCACUUGAUUAUCUUCAUCACCAUUGCCAUCAGCCAAUCAUUCAUUGUGAUAUCAAACCGAGCAAUGUUCUCCUUGAUAAUGACAUGACUGCUCAUGUUGGAGAUUUCGGGCUAGCAAGAAUUCUUCCAGAACUCACAAAGCCAAACCAAAGCAGCUCAAUUGGGAUAAAGGGAACAAUUGGAUAUGCUGCGCCAGAAUAUGGUCUAGGAAGAGAAGUGUCAAUAGAAGGAGAUAUCUACAGUUAUGGGAUUUUAGUACUGGAGAUGAUGACAGGGAAGAGACCAACCAACAAUAUGUUUGAGAAUGGUUUUAAUCUUAACAAGUUUGCAAGACAAUCCCUUCCUGACAAUAUCAUGGAGGUUAUCGACCCAAUGCUUCUCAGAGAUGAUGCUAACAUCACGACCAAGAUACAAUGUCUACUUUCCAUGGUUGAAAUAGGAGUGGCAUGUUCUAUGGAGUCACCGAGAGAUCGAAUGGACAUGAGUAAGGUUGUCAAUGAGCUACACAAGAUUAGGGAUGUUCUUCAAGAAACUACUGCUAAGCUCCACAACUAGAAGCAUACAGAUAAUAAGGUUGCAUGAGAUAGCGAGUAAACAAGAACAAGGUACCAUGCAGAUUCUAACUCUGCACUGUACAUUUGAUGUCCAAGUGAAGUGUUCCUCCUCUUCUCCAUGCAGCUAGGGCCUUAAGAUCUUCUAGCAUUGGUCCCAUUACAUUUUCUUGAUGGUGGAUACCUACUUGUUUAUGCCAGUUUCUUGAAUAAAGAGACUUAUUAGUCUUGCAAUCAUGCACAAGUAGCUCACUAUAAUUUGAA